GCUAUGGACAAGCUCAUGGUCUUCGAACGAGGCACGCUGCCAAGUACCGACUGGAUCGCGGAGUACCAACGCUUGACAUCAGUCCCAAACAUCCAGAUGGGCUUCAAGGUCAUCCGCCAUUACUUCAUCUCAAGGUCCUGUCCGACAUUAAGCAAUGCCCUGACUCACGUCGAGGACACCUUGACGACAACGGCGGAACUUUUUGACAAGGCCGCGCAGAUCAUCAUUACGAACAAGGAGGCGAAGGAUCUGCGUUCGUCUGCGGCAGGCCCGAGCAGGGACCAGCAUCGACCAAGAGUGGCCGUGGUUGUGGCAGCAACGCCGUUUGACCAAACCAACGAGGUUGUUCUGCCAGUGAAGGAGACAGACUCGCAGCUGCCCGAGAAGGUGGCCGCCCCCGUAGAGGCCAAGGACGCGGCAAGCCGAAGACAAACACCGCAUCUAGCCCUGGGCCCGGCGCAGCAUCUCCAGCCCCUUGGACCCAAUACGGCAUCUCCGAUUUCUUCUCCGUCCGACAGCGGCGACAUAUCGUCUUCAAGUGGUUCAUCACGGGAUUUGGCGCGCGAGUUCAGCAUAGAGGUAUUGGACCCGCUCACGUCCGAGGACUUUGCAUGGCUUCCUCUCCCGACCACAGGCCUCUUGCCGGGACCGCAAUGUGCAGCACUAUGCGCUCAUCUCCACACUUACUUAUCCUUCUAUGCACCACCAACUUCGCCGACGGAUGACGAAGUCGCGGUGGGGAACAUCCUUGCGUAUACUACCAAGGUGGCCCGCGAGUUUCACACGCAGCGAUACGAUGACAACAACGCACCGCUCAUGUAUGUCCGCAUCCAGGUUGGGCAAGCGUCCAGCAGCGCUUUGUUGGAUAGCGGUGCGUCUCGCAAUUUCAUGAACCAAUCCUUUAUGCAAAGGGCUGGCCUUGGCGCACAAGUUCGGAGGAAGGCAAACCCGACGCCGAUCAAGUUGGCGGAUGGGAAAACGCAGCAACUCCUCGACCGUUACAUCGAGGCCGUACCAGUCUACUUCGCACCUCAUGCAUGCGAACCGGUGACAUUCGAUAUUCUCGACACGAACUUCGACAUCAUUUUGGGAAUGCCUUGGCUUGCAAGUGCGGAUCACACGGUCAACUUCCACCGGCGGACUCUUAGCGUUCGCGACGCCUUCGGCGCGGAAGUGGCAUGUACUAUUCCUCUACCGCACCCUUCGAUUCGGUGCCAAGUGGUGACGGCCAAAUCACUCAGGGCGACUUGCGCUUACGAGCAGCCCGAUGAGAUCGGCCUAUGUUUCCUACGGACCGUCGCGGUAGCCGACGCUUCACCCACGGACUUGUCUUCGGACCCCCGGGUGAUGCGGUUGCUGGAGGAGUUCGCCGACAUCUUCGAGUCACCUACCGGUGUGGUGUCGGAUCGGCCGAUCUCUCACGAGAUCAUUCUUGAGGCCGGUGUCGUGCCGUCGAAAGGUUGCAUCUAUUGCAUGAGCGAGGAGGAGCUUGAGGUCCUCCGCUCACAACUCGACUUUGUUGGCCAAGGGUUGGAUCCGCCCUAGCAGCUCGCCAUAUGGAGCACCAGUUCUCUUCGUCCGGAAGAAGAACAAGGAUCUACGAUUGUGUAUCGACUA